AUGACUACAGAAAAACCCGCCCAGCCAAGAAACGUCCACAAGCCCCUCCUCUUCGAGAUCGCCUGGGAGGUCGCCAACAAGGUCGGAGGUAUUUACACUGUGCUAAAGUCAAAGGCACCCGUGACAUGCCACGAAUACGGCGGCCGUUACACUAUGAUCGGGCCCUUGUCCUACAAGACCGCUCCCCUUGAGGUCGAGACCCUCGAGCCCGAGACCCCCGAGCUCCGUCUGACUCUCGAGUCGAUGAAGGAGCGUGGCGUCAAGUUCCUCUACGGUCGUUGGCUGAUCGAGGGAGCGCCCAAAGUUCUUUUGUUCGAUACUGGAUCGGUUUACCAUAAGCUGGAUGAAUGGAAGGGUGAUCUCUGGAACGUUGCCGGGAUCCCUUCCCCACCCAAUGAUCAUGAGACGAAUGAGGCUAUUCUCUUUGGAUACCUUGUCGCCUGGUUCCUCGGCGAGUUUGUUGUCCAUGAGCAAAAGUCUGCAGUGAUUGCCCACUUCCACGAAUGGCUUGCCGGAGUUGGCAUCGCCCUCUGCCGCAAGCGUCACAUCGACGUCACGACCAUCUUCACGACCCAUGCCACCCUGCUCGGUCGUUAUCUCUGCGCCGGCUCCGUCGAUUUUUACAACAACCUCCGCUCCUUCGAUGUGGACCACGAAGCCGGGAAGCGUGGCAUCUACCACCGCUACUGUAUCGAGCGUGCUGCGACCCACUGCUGUGAUGUCUUUACGACCGUCUCACAUAUCACUGCCUAUGAGGCCGAGCAUCUGUUGAAGCGAAAGCCUGAUGGUGUUUUGCCCAACGGUUUGAACGUUGUCAAGUUCUCGGCCAUGCACGAGUUCCAGAACCUGCAUGCCGUCUCCAAGGAGCGCAUUCACAACUUUAUCAGGGGUCACUUUUAUGGCCAUUACGACUUUGAUCUUGAGAACACACUUUACUUCUUUACCGCUGGUCGUUAUGAGUACCGUAACAAAGGUUUGGACAUGUUCAUCGAGUCCCUCCAACGUUUGAAUGAAAAGUUGAAGGCUGCUGGCUCGAACAUGACCGUGGUCGCCUUUAUCAUUACCCCAGCCGAGACGCAUUCUUUCACUGUCGAGACCUUGAAGGGUCAGGCUGUUGUUAAGCAGUUGAAGGAGACUGUCACUGACAUUGCCAAGCGGAUGGAGACUCGUCUCUUUGAGAAAGCCGCUCGUGGUGGAGAUGUGAACACGACCGAGUUCUUGACAAGCGAGGACCAGAUCCUACUCAAGCGCCGUACAUUUGCCCUCAAGCGAUCCACCCUGCCCCCUAUCGUCACCCACAACAUGGCCGACGACAGCAAAGACCCCGUCCUGAACCAGCUUCGUCGCCUCUCGCUCUUCAAUCACCCCUCCGACCGCGUCAAGGUCGUUUUCCACCCAGAGUUCUUGAACUCUAACAACCCCCUCUUUGGUCUUGAUUACGAAGAGUUUGUUCGCGGUUGUCAUUUGGGAGUCUUCCCCUCCUACUAUGAGCCUUGGGGUUACACCCCCGCAGAGUGCACUGUCAUGGGUGUCCCCUCGAUCACGACCAACCUGUCUGGGUUCGGAUGCUUCAUGGACGACAACAUUGUGGACUCUUCAGAGUACGGAAUCUAUAUUGUCGACCGCAGGAUGAAAUCUGUCGAGGAAUCUAUUCAACAGUUGUCGGACCAGAUGUUGAUGUUCUGUAACAAGUCCCGUCGUCAACGUAUCAACCAGCGCAACCGAACAGAGCGACUCUCGGAUCUUUUGGAUUGGAAGCGCAUGGGACUCGAGUACAUCAAGGCUCGUCAGUUGGCUCUCCGGAGAGCCUACCCUGACUCGUUCGACGAUGAUUACUUCGGAGCCGCGGACAUCUCGGACGAACAACAACCCCGCGCCAAGGUUCCCAACCCACGUUCCGCCCCGGGAUCCCCACGCAUCCGGACCCCUCUUGAAGGCUCCGACAACGAACUGACCUUUGCCAACAUGUCGAUCUCGGACCGCGAAAAGUAUCUAUCCUACAAGAUGGAGGGCCACGAGAACGACGACGAGGAUUCAGAUCUCCAGAUCCGCAUCCCCUUCCGUCGUCUCUCCCAAUCUGCCCAAGAGGCUGCCUUCACCGAGGGGCAUUUCACACCCUCGAAGGAGGAGGUGACAGCGGCCAAGGAGAACAUUUCGGCUGUGGGGGUUGCGGCGGCUCAGGCUCAGUAUAAGGAUAAGAUGAAUGGGCAAAAUGGGUUCUAUGGUUCGACCACUGCUACGUCCAGCGGGAGCAGUGCCUUUGUUGGCGGCAAGAGCUACAAGCAGUAG